GAGAGAGAGAGAUGGGACACCACUCAUGUUGCAACAAACAGAAAGUGAAGAGGGGGCUAUGGUCUCCAGAGGAAGAUGAAAAACUCAUCAACUACAUCACAACAAAUAGCCAUGGCUGCUGGAGCUCAGUUCCUAAACUUGCAGGCCUUCAGAGAUGUGGAAAGAGUUGUAGACUGAGAUGGAUAAAUUAUCUGAGACCUGACUUAAAACGUGGGAGCUUCUCUCCCCAAGAAGCUGCACUCAUUAUUGAACUCCAUAGCAUUCUAGGCAACAGAUGGGCUCAGAUAGCCAAGCACCUGCCAGGAAGAACAGAUAAUGAAGUGAAGAACUUUUGGAACUCCAGCAUAAAAAAGAAGCUCAUCUCGCAUGAAGUUAUUCCUGCAUUUGCCUCCUUUUCUAAUGAUCAUAUUCACAACCCUAGUGGUCAUGGCUCUGAGGAAGGUUUCUUCACUCUCAAUACAAACCCUAAUUUGUGUUCUCAACCACAAGAUCAGCUAUACCUCCCCAUUGUUCCAUCACCAGUGCCAUCACUAGGUCUCAAUUAUCAUGGUGAUUUUAAUAACAUUCUCAAGUUAGACCAGACCAAUUACGCUUCCAAUUUCGUCGAUCAUUUUUUGCCUCCCUUCCAAUUACCAUCAAAUAAUGCAUCCUCAUAUGAGUCCUCAUCAUGGUCCUCAGGCUAUCAACCCCAACACCAAUUUGAUCCAAAUAUUCAGCAAGUUCAAAAUUUCAGCAUCAAUGAAGCUGCAGCUGCUCAAUAUAAUAAUAUUGGUAAUGAGCUCAUGGUUCCAAUUAGUAUGGCAUCGUCAGAACCAGUCGCUUAUGAAAACACUUUCAUUUUACCCACCGUGCCUAAAUUUUGUGAGAUCAUUGAUGGUAAUGUUUGUAGAAUGCCAAUAUUAUACCCAUCUGAUCUACAAGAACUUGAUUCACUUGCCAAAUUAUCAUGCUUUACAUCUGGUCAUGGAUCUCACCCUCAAGAUCUUCAAUUUCCAUCCAAUCAAUUAGAGUGCAUUGAUGCCAUCAUGUCAUUGUUGCCAUCGUCUUCAUCAUCGUCAUCACCUUCAUCGGCAUCUCCAUCCUUGUUACCAUUAUCAAGCAGCCAAUUCGACGCAAACUUUAACGCUCAUUGAAGCUGCUUGGAAGCCUAGCUAUUAGACAGAAUCCAAAUUUGCGAAUUAGGUAUUUUGUAUGGUUGGAUUCAAUAUUCAUAGAAUGAAAAUUGCGUAUAUUUAUAUCUUGACAUUUGCAUAAGGUGAUGCUAUCCCCAUUACUAGAAAACCUAAAUGUUGCUAGUUCAGGCUCCUUAGGAAGUGAUGUUUGUUGAGACUCCAUAUAUUUCUAUCUCUUUUCACAUGUUGCUCACUUUAUUAUAUUCUGGUCAAAGUUCUCUCUAUU